AUGAAAUAUUCAGCUACUUUAUUACUAAGUGCUGUCUUUUUAUCAGCUGUUGUUGCACUUCCGGAUGUCAAACUCUCAGAAAAAUCAAACAGCAAAUCUAUAAAAGAUGGCAAAUCACCACAAAAUACAGACAGUGAAGCUCCAAAAACACAGCAAGACAUUUUCUGUCCUGUCAUGGACAAAGUUCAUUUACCAAACUGUGGACGUCAACCAGGAACAAAACCAAAAAUAUCUUUAAAAAUUGGAUCUGGGCUAAAAAGAUCACAGUGCUAUCCAAGUAGUGAUGGUCAUGGAUGUGUGCCACCUAAGUUAUGA